GCCUACCACAAAUCUCAAAAGACAGGUGGCGGUAGUGUACCAGGAAGCUAGAUGCCAACGGCCGUAGAAGAAUCAUUUGAACGCACUUAUUUAACAGGCAUAAAAGAUAUUACGGAGUUCACUGCGUGAAAACAAUACCGCUCAUCUCAUGCGACGUUUAAUUUGGAUAAUAUAUGAUGUUGCUUUCUUUUCAUUUAUAACUGCCAACUGCUAGCGAUUGAACCCUUUAUGAAAAUGUUCCUUAACUGCAUUAGAAGGCGUCUCCAGUUUUUAGGCGAAAAGCUGCCUCGGUAUCAGCGGAAUAUAUCUAGGUACAAUACUCGUGAUGACAGCUGUGACAAAACCAGCCUUCUAAUGCAACUUUGCGCUGACCGUUAUUACAUUUCUCCUGAAGCUUUCCACACUAGAACCUGUACAUAUGGGCCUUUAGGAACAGAACUGAAGAAAAACAUUAUUGAACAGUGGACUUCAGCAGUACGUUCAAGAGCAUAUGUGUUUGGGAUCACUACUUCAGUGCAAAGUAGAAUGUGUGAGGAAUCCGUCAGGAUUGUUAAUGUAGGGGCUCUUCAAGAAAUCAUCAACCAAGACAGUUUAAGUAAAAAAGAAGCAUCUCAAAAGAUUCAAACACUUAUGAAAGACAGUGUGUCUGUUCGGACGAGUCUCCUGCAGGGUGCUUUGCAGCAGUAUAUUCAGGCUUUGGAGCUUGUGAAUAGGACAUUGCCCUUUGGAUUGGCAGAGACAGGUCUGUGCCAUCAUUCUGAUAGUCAGCUUAGACAUUCAUCUGGUUGCUCAUUUGAGGUAACUGAGUCAUCUUUAGUCUGGUUCUGUUCCCCUCGGACUUCUUCACAGUGGAUGGACUACUGGGCUCAUCAAAGACUGCAGUGGUGGAGGAAGUUUGCUUUAGGUCCUUCUGACUUUGAUAUGUGCAAUGUGGUGGAUGAGGAACUGAAAGAAGGGACAUCUCAUGGUGUUAAAGUCCUCUAUAAGUUCCCCUGGGGCUCAGAGACCCUGGAGACACUGUGGAGCCUGGGGGACACGCUACUGCUGAAGACUCACCAAGGAACUUGUACGAAACUACAGUGCAGAGAUGGAAGAAAGUCUGUAGUUCCUCAUGUCAUCUCUGUCAGUGCAAAUGUGGAUAGAGGGAUGCUGGCUUACCUAUUUAACUCAUUUCAAUUGCUGAAGAAAACCGACAACAAACAAAAGCUUCAUCAGAGGAUGGUUUUGAAGCUGCAUCCCACUUUAACUCCAGUGAAAGUAGCCUUGGAUAUGGGACGAGGCUCCAGUUCUGAGCUUAGACAGAUUUGUGAGGGUUUGUUCCAAGAGUUUCUUGAAGCUGGAAUUUCCACAUGGCCUGGAUACUUGGACACAAUGUCAUUAUCUCUGGAGAAUUUACACACAAAGUAUGAUGAGAUGGGUGUCCUUUUCACAGUGAUGGUCAGUGAGAGCACACUAAAAAGUGGCCUUCUGCUGGUCCGUAACAGAGACACCACCAUCAGAGAGACUAUGCACAUCUCAGAAAUCAAAUGCUUUUUGCUCAAAUACAUAUCUGCCUCAGAUAAUUUCUGACUUUUAUCAUUUGAAUCUCAUGUCAUAUGCUAUUAGUGUAUGCCAUUUGUAAAAAAUAUAUAU